CGUAGUAUACAUUUACUAUUUUUUUUUUUAAUGCGAAUGAUUGUCAUAUUAUUCUUAAUCAAUAUAUAUUAUUACAUCAUAUUUAUUAAUAGUGCUUGAAAUUUAAAAUUUUAAUUUUAAAAAAUAAAAAUGCUACCAAAAGAAUUAUUCAACCAGGAAAAUUAUAUUCUUGACAUCAGAACAAUUAUUAUGAUUCGAACAAAAAGAAAAAGGUCAUAUUUUAAACAGUUAAAACCCAUAAUCGUAGCAUUAAAAUUAUUCGGAGUAAUGCCAUUUACUACAAAUACAAGCGGACCAGUGUUUAAAUUAUUCUCUUGGAUAAUGUUAUACAGUUUUUCAAUUUUUGUAUGCUUAAAUAUUUUGUUAUUUUAUAAAUUGUACGGGGAUUACAAAUAUUUCGUCAAAUCAGAUACAAUUAUUUUUAAUUUACUUCAUAGAGUUACUGGAUCUUCGUUAGCACUUAUUUGCUUUUUAUUUCCCAUUUUUUGGACCGACAUGAAAAAUAUAUCUGAAUAUUGGAAUCGAUGGAGCAUUUUUCAAGACAAAUUUGAAUUGUGUAUGCGAAAACCUUUUCAAUUAAAUAUAACCAAACGAGUAUGGGUUGUAACAAUAUUGCCAACCGCUCUUAUGACAUUCAAUAUAGUAACAAGUUUGAUAUUUGUUAAAGGGUGGAAAGUAACUAAUUCUAUAUUAUUUAUUGCUAUAUUUGGCAUCAUAAAUCUAACAACUGGAUAUUUUUAUAUCAACUGCCACAUAUUUAGAAAUGUCAGCAAGGACAUAAACCAGCGGAUCAUGGAACUAAUAGUAACCAAAGGAUCGUCAACUAGGUUUAGAGAGCACGCAGAACUUUGGUGUUAUAUGUCAAAUCUUAUAACAGAUUUUGGGAUCGUUCAUGGUGGAAUUUAUUGUUCUAUUGCAAUUGUCAUAUAUAUAUGUAGUACGGUAUUCUGGUUUUAUUUCACCAUGACACUUGUAAGCCCUGAGAACUACCUUGUUCCCGUUAUAAUUGUGCCACUUGUAUUUACAAAUUCUAUACUUAUGGUGUAUAGUGAAGCGUCGUACAUAGCUCUUUCGGAGGCGGGAAAAAAAUUCCAGUGGAAAAUCCUAAAUUCAACAAUGGGUGGUCUUAUGGAACAAACACAGAAAGAAGUACAAGAUUUUUUAGAAAUGAUCCAACUUUGUAGAACGAAUAUUACUUUUGGUGGUUUUUGUGACGUUAAUAGAGAACUUUUUCUCAAUUUUAUAUUUGCUGUAUUUUUUAACUUAGUUGUUGCAUUUCAAUCUCAAAUAAUUCCAAAACAAUAUACAACAUCAGUUAGCUGAAAUAUAUUGGUUAAAGUAAAACUAUUGAAAAAUGAUAAAUUAUCGUAUGGAAUAAUUAUAUUUAUAAUUAAGUAUUAACUUAUUAGUAUUUUAUUUAAAACUUAUCAGUAAUUAAUUAGUAUAAUUAUUUUAAUAUUAGACACGACCUAUGUGUUUUGUUAAAAACUUCCACGGCGAUAGUUAAAAUUAUUUACAUUUUUUGAUAGAUGGCU